AUGACCAACUUCACCGCUGCCGGCUACUCCACCGCCCCACCGCCGUCCCCGGCGGCGCACCGCGAGAUCUCGACCCCGAACGCCGUUGCCUGCCUGGUGGCCCUCAUCACGGUCCCUAUGGUGGCUUACACCCUAUUCGUCGCCGCCCGGUGCUGCCGGAGCCCAACCGCCGCGGCGGCUCCGGCCUCCGGAAGAAAGACGCCGGAAAGGAUGGAGCUCGUAUGCGGUGUAAGGUACCGGAAGGACGGAUCCGCAGCGACGGCGGCGGAGGCGGUGGGGAUUAACGACCAGUGCCCGGUGUGUCUGUCGGCUUUCGCGGAGGGGGAGGAGAUUCGGCUGCUGGGAGCGUGCAGGCACGCGUUCCAUGCCUCGUGCGUGGACAUGUGGCUGUACUCGCACUCGAGCUGCCCGGUGUGCCGGGCAGCCGUACCGGUCAGGCGGGCGACGGUCAGGGCGCCGCUGGCCCGCGGAGAGGAGGACUUGCGGCAGGGCUUGCCGGAUGCUGCGGAUUUGAUUUGA